CAACCCUUGUCAUCGCGCCUGCUGGCUACGUGAACUGCACAUACACGAGUGUGCCUUGCAGAUUCCGAAUAACUCUUCGUGGGAGAUGGAGCGGCGUGUACAUAGGUCGCUCAUUGCCCAGCUGCCGAGUCUCCUCGCUGCAGCACAGGACCUCCGCGUCCUAGCCCUCCCUUUCAUGGAAUUGUUGCUCGCACUAGAACCACGUCUCGGCGACGCCCUCGUCGCAUUGGAGAGCCUCAAAUCCGUCAACCUCGAAUACAUCGGGUCUCGCACUAUGGAAGUGGCAAGAAGACUGAAGAGUUGUCCGUCAGAAGUCGUCCUCUCAUUCAUGCCAGAGCCGGACUUCGUCACUCUCAGUCAUCUUCCUUUGCUCCGGAACGCGCGCACGGUAGAAUGGUUGGACCUCCGUUUGGGUCUCUCGGACUUCAAGCUUCAGCUCGGCGACCUCGGCCAACAUCCAACUGUGCGCGAGGUCUGCCUCUACCGUUGCGGCGCGCCUCCGAUACCCACCUCUUUCCCAACAUCGAAAAACUUCACUUUCACGACGAACAUAAUCCUCGCGACUUUACUCCGCAGAAGUGGGCGUGGCCGGUGUCCAUGCCGCUGGUCAAUCUUACGGCUUCACUCGACCAGCUCCAGUGCUUCGCAGGUGUGUCCGUCCGUCGUCUGUACCUUCAUUGGCAACGCGCGUGCAAGGUCGUUGGCUUAUCGAGCGCUCUUCUGUCCAUCCGACCCCUUCUCUUGUCCGUCCAGCUCAGUCAAUUUGACAAACUAGAGGGCCUGAGCGUUUGGGCAGGUCUACUCUGUGAUAUCGUUGGUCCGGUAGGGCGUCUGCGCCAUCUGGAGGUCACUUUUCAGUGCAACACUAGCAAAAGGGGACGCUUGAUGCCCUGCACAUGGAUGGAGUGGCUCCUUCCGGUGAUCGCGCAGUCUAGCCUCGUCGGCGUGAGGCUCGGUUUCGCCGUCGGCAGUACGACGACGUCCGAGCUGGACGAAAUGCAGAAGAGCGCACCGGAUAUCGCUCGACAGGUCGCGGCUCGUGUUGCGUCGCUCCAAUACGUGUGCGUCGCCAUGGGUCCGCGCUCGUACGAUCCGCGUCAGUACCAUAGACGGGUCCUCGAGGGAUGUACGUGGUGGCGAGUGCGCGGCGACGCGGGCCAGAGGUGCGUGGAGAGCAUGUCGAACGAGUCGGGUGAGCGGGUGGAGAGCUACAUGCGCUCUGCGGACUUCGAGCGGAAGUUAUCGUUGGAUGGGUUCAUUCUCCCCGGUACGUAGUGCGGCAUUGGAGAGAAGGCGGCGGCGGAGGCGGGCGGGCAGUUGGAGAGCGUGGCGGAGCAUCCGAAGGAGGCUGCGAAGGAGGGC